CCGAGCUGGGGGUUAGCUGCUAUCGUCUUCCGUGUACCCCGGACGCCGAUCUAGCUUCCUCGCACUCUCUUGAUCAGACAACGUUUGACGAGGUUGCUGUGCGUUCUGGUGUAUGCCUUGCUUCAUGUGCAAGACUGUGGAUCAGUUUGGGGAAUGCCUUUGCCUCCCAUUGCUGGACACCAGCUGCAACAGCUGCGGUUAUCUCAACACAGGAGUAAUUCCGCCCAUCUCCCUCGCAAUGCGAGUUGCCUUCCGCGAGAGACACAGAAUUCCGGGCUCCAUCUUUAAUGACUGCUGCAUCAUGUAUUGGUGCAAUUGCUGUGGGUGGUGCCAGAUAGCGAGGGAGAUGAAAGCGCGCAAGAGCGCCGUGACGGUGAUUAAUGCCAGCACCACCAUGCUGCCCCACCCGACCUAUGUCCCACAGCCCAGCUAUGCCCCCCCGCCCAACCAUGCCCCCCAGCCUGCCUACGUGCCCCCCGCCAACCAAGUGGCACUGCACCCAGCCAAAUGAAGCAAUCAAACCCACCGCAGGACACAGGGCACAGGAGUGAUGUAACAAUGCACGGUUGAAAUACGGAGAAUACUCCACAGCAAAUAUCCGUCCUUCAGCGUCGAUGGGAUGUUACCAUUCCUGUGUAACAUUAAGGGUUACAGCUAAUGUCUUUCUGAAGAUUUCGUCUGGUAAGCGUAGGGGCUCUCCUGAAAGGUCUGUCCAUCGGAUUUCUUUAAUUGUUCUUGUCAUCAUUCCCCGUCUCUUUCUUCAAUGGGUCUUCAUGUUGUCCUGGUGUGUCUCAGUCCUCUCUCUCUCAGAGAGAUAUCAGUACACUGACUGGUGUCUCUCAGUCCCCCCUCUCUCUCUCUCAGGGAGAGAUCUGUACACUGACUGGUGUUUCU